UCUGGAACUCCAGAUAGAAUAUCCAGGAUGAGUGACGUCGAGGCCGCGGAGAACGUGAUCACGGUGGGCACCUACGUGAUAGUCAAGAAGCAGAGUUUCAGUAAGAUAUACAAGGUAUCUGAAAACGGUAUUCUGACGCUAGGGAAAGACCAGAAGGUGCAUAUGCGCGAGAUCAUCGGCAAGCCGUUCUGGAGCACCUUCGAAAUGGUGCCGUUAUAUAAUAGCAAGGGGACCUUCUCCCUGCGGCUGGCGGAGCAAGCGGAGUCGUGGGACGGCCUGAAGGGCGACCUGAGCGGACAGGACAACCGCUCGAUCACCGACGACGGCACGUCGCAGAGACUGUCGAAGGAGGAGAUUCUGCAGUUGCGGGAGGCCGGCAAGACCGGCAAGGAGAUAAUCGGCAGCCUCAUAGAGAACAGCCGGUCCUUCGCGGCCAAAACGGAGUACUCACAGGAGAAGUACAUCAAGAAGAAGGAGCGCAAGUACUUCAGGUUCCUGAUGGUGUGCAAGCCCUCCAUAGUGUCUCUACACGACGUGUACUUCAAGCACAAUCAUGAAAAAAUUGGAGGAUUGAGGAUGGACACUCUGGCACAGUUACUGUCUUACAGCGACGUGCAGUCAGAUGGCUUGCACUUGCUGUACGACAGUGGGUUUCAGGGAUUGCCAGCCGCAGCUAUGCUGAACAGGAUAGGCGCGAACACCAGUGGCUACUUGAUCAAUUUGCAUCCCGGCAACCUUCCUCAGACUACAAUAGUUCAAGCAAUGAAUUUCUCAGAGGAAUUAAAGGACAGGCACGUCACAGUGAACAUCUAUAGCUUCCUGAGAUUGCAUUACCAGGGCGAAGCAAACGUGUUAGAAAAUAUUUCCACGUGUAAAAGGACUACUAAUCAUGUCAACAAACUGAAAAAUUGUGAGAGACCACCUGAGGAAUCCGAGCAAGGAACUGAGACUGGUGAAACAUCCAAAAUCGAUAGCGAAGCAUCGGAGACUGGGACAGAUGAGAACAAUACACCUCUUGCAAAUGAUGCGAAAAAAGAAAAUGUGUUGAAACGGAAAAUCGAUGAACUCGAGGACGCAGUGCCCGCGAAGAAGCCAAGGUGGUUCUUGGAAACACAACGCGCAGUAGAUUUGUUGAGCAACUCGAAGGCUCGUGGUUUGACCAUUAUAGCGAGAGAGCAUCCUCUGAACAUCAUAAUCGCUCUGUUGCCUUUCCUGGGAGCCUCACGGCCCUUCGUUAUUUUUCACACGCACCGAGAACCGUUGCAAGAGACUUACAUCGAGCUGAAACAAAAAUAUAAUGUGAUCAAUGUAAAACUAUUCACAAACUUCUUACGGUCUUAUCAAGUAUUACCAGACAGAACGCAUCCUGAUAUACUGACCAAUGAUACUGGUGGUUACAUCUUGACAGGAUACUUAGUUGAAUAAUAGUUGAAAAUGCGUUUAAUGAAUUUUGAUACGAGAAAUCGAUUGGCAUGCAGUUGCAUGUUCCAGAAUUGUAAAAUACUGAAAUCAGAAAUGUACGAAAAUUUUCACUCAUUAUAAAUAAUUUAUAAUUUUUUACAUAAAUAUAAUUCUGUUGGUAUAAA